GUUAGUGGCAGCGCUGAGGGGCCCCCACUGCCCUGUCAUGGCGUCUGCUCUCAUCGUCCUCCUCCUUGGCUGCUGGCUGGCCAGGCGGAGCGGGGUGUCGGGAGAGGGGUCCUACCCCAAACCCUCCAUCUCCGUCAGCCCCGGUGGGGUGAUCCCCAUGGGGGGAAAUGUCACCAUCCGGUGUUGGCAUCAGCGCCUGGGCCUGAGGUUCCACCUCUACAAGGCUGGAGAUGGGAACUAUCUGACUUACACAGACCCUGCUGGCUCUGAGGCUGAAUUUCCCAUCACCAGCGCCAGACGGGAACACGGUGGCAGCUACACCUGUCGUUAUAGCAACAGAACAGUACGAGCUGCCUCCUCGGAGCCCAGCGACCCUGUGCAGAUCAUUGUAGCAGAUCCCAGCUUACCCAGACCCUCCAUCUCGCUGAGCUUCACUUCGGUCACCGCCCCAGGGGCAGACGCCACCAUCCGGUGUCAGGGGCAGCGCCGGGACGUGAGGUUCUUCCUGCACAAGGCUGGAGACCUGAACUUGCAGCGACAGAUGGACCCUGCUGGGGACGGGGCCGAGUUCCUCAUCCCCACCGUGGGCCGGCAGCACGGAGGGAGCUACAGCUGCAGCUACCGGCCCCGAUCAGAGCCCUUCGUCUCCUCGCAGCCCAGUGACCCCUUGCAGCUGGUGGUAGCAGGGGGAACCGACCCGUCCCAGCCUGGAGAGGCGCCGGCUCCCACACACCCGAGCAGCCCAGGACCAGGGGGAACCGACCCGACUCAGGCUGGAGCGGUGCCGAAUCCCACCCACCCGGGCAGCGCGGGACCAGAGCCCAGCUACCCCAAACCCAACAUCUCCCUGCGCCCCAGUGGGCGGGUCGCCCCGGGGGGAGCCGUGACCAUCCGGUGUGAGUGUCGGUGUCCGGGAGCAAGGUUCAUUCUGAGUAAAGCUGGAGACCCAGACGCACGGCAUGUGACGGACCCCGCGGGGGACAUGGCUGAGUUUCCCAUCCACAGUGUGAGCCGGAGAGACGCCGGGAACUACAGCUGCCAAUAUAGCACCACAUCGGACCCGCCCAUCUGGUCAGAGCCCAGUGACGCCGUGGAGCUCGUAGUAGCAGAGCUCCCUCCGCCCGGACCCUCCAUCUCCGUCAGCCCCAGCGGGGUGAUUGCCCCGGGGCGCACCAUCACCAUCCGCUGUCAGUGCUGGUGCGAGGCCAGGAGGUUAUUUCUGUGUAAAGGUGGAAUCCGAAUCCAGGAGGUGGAUGCUGAUGGUGAUGGGGGUGAAUUCACCAUCCCCAGCGCCAGACAGGAAGACGGAGGGAUCUACAGCUGCCGAUCUCGCUCCAGAUCGGAGCCACCCAACUGGUCAUAUCCCAGUGAUUCCGUGCGGAUUGUUGUAGCAGCAGCCCUCCCGGGGCGCCCGGAUUUCACCAAUGCCAACAUCGCUCGCCUGGUGCUGGUCGCCGCGGUCCUGCUCGUCCUGGGGCCGAUCCUGGCCAAGGCCUAUUACAGCCGCCCGAGGGAGAGCUUCCUUCUCCCCUGCCCCCCAAAUCUCCCCACCCCAGGGGGCGGUUGUGAUACCGGAGCCUCCGAAUGGCCCCUCGUGGUGGGUUCAGCCGAUGAAGGCUGCUGGCUGGCCGGGCAGAACGGGAUGUCCGGAGAGCUCCCGGCGCCCGGACCCUCCAUCUCCGUCAGCCCCAGCGGAGUGAUUGCCGUGGGGGGAGCCGUCACCAUCCGCUGUCAGUGUCGGUGCGGGGCCAGGAGGUUAUUUCUGUAUAAAGGUGGAAUCGAAAUCCAGGAGCUGGACGCUGCUGGGGACGGGGGUGAAUUCACCAUCCCCAGUGCCAGACGGGAAGACGGAGGGGUCUACAUGUGCCGAUCUCGCUCCAGAUCAGAGUCGCCCAACUGGUCGUAUUCCAGUGACAUUGUGCGGAUCGUUGUAGUAGAGCUCAGCUACCCCAAACCCUCCAUCUCCCUGCGCCCCAGAGGCAGGGUCGCCCUGGGGGGAGCUGUGACUGUCCGGUGUCAGGGUUGGCACCAGAACGUGAGGUUCCUUCUGUACAAAGAUGGAAACCCGAAUGUGCUGCAGGACGUGGAGCCGGCUGGGGACCUGGCUGAGUUUCCCAUUCGCAAUGUGAGCUGGAGAGACGCCGGGAGCUACAGCUGCUAUUAUCACGACAAAUGGUACCUGUUCAUCUGGUCGCAUCCCAGUGAUUCCGUAGAGCUGGUGGUAGCAGCGAGGGUCCUUCUGAGUAAAGCUGGAGACCCGGACGCACGGCGCGCGAUGGAUUCCGCUGGGGACGUGGUUGAGUUUCUCAUCCGCAGAGUGAGCCAGGGAGAUGCAGGGAGCUACAGCUGCCAAUACAGCACCAAGUGGGACCCGCCCGUCUGGUCGGAGCCCAGCGACCCCGUGGAGCUGGUGGUAGCAGGGGGAACCGACCCGACUCAGCCAGGAACGGCACCAGCUCCCACCGGCCCAAGCAGCACGGGACCAGGUACCAGGGCUGGGGGCACGAAAUCACCAUCAACCCCCCCAGAAACAGGUGGAUCAGAACCACGCGCAGCACCGGUUCUGACCUGCACCAUCCUCACCGGGGUGAGCGUGGCAGCUGACGGCUUCCUCCUCCUCCUCCUCCUGGCCUUCCUCUGCUACAGAAAAUCCCGAGGAAACGCCCUCAUGGGCAAACAGAAGCAGCUGGAUGGCCUGCCCCUGGAGCCCGAUCCCAGCGCCGAGGGACUCACCUACACUGAGCUGGACGGCCAGGCACUGCAGGGCAAGUGGGGCGGCCCGGCCCCUGGCCCCGAGCCCGUCCUGUACGCCAUGAUCAACGUGAACCAGGGGCUCAAUGGGCAUAGCCCCCAGGGUGCAGGGGCCCCCCCCCAUAGCGUGAACCCAGGGGGAGUUAUUGCAGUGACGGGGCAGGGAGUGUCGGCCACCAGGGGGUGACAGAGUCAUCCCCCCCCCCAGAGAACGGGCUCAACUUAUAGCCCCCCAUAGCCCUCCCUCCAGCUGCUGCUGCCCCACCCAGUCCCACGGGUGGGGGGCCAGGAGGGCUCAGCACCGGGAGGGGGAGGGGACAAGCCGAGGCGGCUGUUUGUGUUAUUUUGCAU